CCGAAGGAAGCUCGAAAUAUGUCUAAUUAGACCAUGAAGGCCUUUUGCAUUUCUUCCAAGUCCUUUACUUGCCUCGUAGCCUUCACAACGUCAGUUUCCGGUGCCCAGCGCCUUUCGACGAGAUGGAAAGCCUGAAAGAUAGAUUUGAUCGAAGUUCUGGCCCUGGAAUCCAUGUGGAUGAUUGUUGUGAUUCAUACCUUUUCGUGAUAAUUGGGUUUUGGCAGGACGAGUUGGAUCUCCUGCCUUGUUCUCACCCCCGGACCUUACUUCAUCUUCGACCACAAUGAUGCGCAAGGGCGAGUCUUCAAGUUCGGGGGCUGCUGCUACUGUCAAGAAGCGCCGCAUGCCACGGGCAUGCGAUAUGUGUAAACGAAAGAAAGGUGACAGCGAGCAGAUGCCCGGAAAACGAUGCACGAAUUGCAUCAGCUUCAAUUACACAUGCACACAUGUCGAAGCCUUGAAUGAGAUGACAUACUGUACUAGCUAUGUGCAGCGACUUGAAAGACGGCUCAGAAAACUGGAGUUGCUGUUCCAACAAUUUUUACCCGAUGUCGACAUCGACACCGAGCUAACCGAAGGUUCCACUGACGAGGAACCGUCCAGUUCCAAAGUUGGACGGACAGAGUAUGACCAAAGCGUGUCAGCUCUCAGCAAGGACAUGAGUAGGCUUCUCUCAGUGUCCCCAGAACAACGCUUCUUUGGAAAAUCUAGCGGCAUCCCUUACAUUCCCUUGAUCAUGCAAAAGAGGGCUCAAUACCUCGGCAAGGAAAAGGUAGAUCCGAUGAAUCAAGCCUUAUUCAUGAAACGACGAGAACAAUUUUGGGAUGCCCAAUCAUACUAUUCUCUAAGAAUAGACGACUCCCUACCCGAUUAUCUCUUCCCUGAGGAAGAUCUCAUGCUGUCCCUGAUAGAUCUCUAUUUUACCUAUCACAACUGCUACCUGCCCCUUUUGCAUCGGCCCACAUUCGAGAAUGACAUGAGCACCGGCUUACAUCGGAGCGAUUAUAUGUUCGCGGGGACCCUGCUUCUAGUAUGUGCUCUUGGCGCUCGAAACUCGGAUGAUCCACGAGUCUUUUACGGAUGCAACGGGGAGGCGGGCUGGCAGUGGUUUGAACAGAUAACGCCGUUUCGGUCAUCAUUGCAAGAUCGAAGCACCACAACCCUUUACGAGCUUCAGAUACACUGUCUAUCAUCAUUGUACCUGGAGUCAGUAGGCCUCUGGGAGUCAGUUUGGACACAAGUGGGCUUGGCGUUACGCUUGGCCCAGGAUGUCGGGGCGCAUAUGCAUCGCAGUAACCCUCCAAAUGCCAGAGAUGAACUGUGGAAGCGCGCAUUUUGGGUCCUCAUGUUCCUCGAUGUAUCACUAGCGUGCCUUCAUGGACACGCAGUAACCCUUCACUACGAAGAUUUCGACCUCGACUUUCCACUCGAAUGUGAUGACGCGUUUUGGAGCCAUCCGGAUUCUUCGCAGAAUUUUACUCAACCACCCGAGCAACCCAGCGAGAUCUCCUUUUUCGUGUAUCUGCUAAAAUUAGUGAAUAUCAUGAGCUACGUCAAGGAUAUCAUUUAUUAUACUAGGAAACCGCUCAUGGUCAUUGGUGGCCAGCGCCGCCCUCCUGAAACAGAAAUUGUAUCCAACCUCGACUCAGUCCUAGAUCGGUGGGUGCAAUCUAUCCCCGGCCACCUACGAUGGGAUCCCAGCCGGAAGGAGCAGCUCUUCUUCAACCAGUCUGGAUUUUUAUACAUAACUUAUCAAUACACCCGAAUAUUGCUGCACAGACCCUACAUACCGCGGACCUUUGACAGCAAAAUCACUUCGACUCUAUACCCUUCAGUUGCGACCUGCGUGGAAGCGGCGAAUAAACGGAGAGGAUACAUCCAGUCAGCUUUCGUGAAUUCGGUUACUCUGACGCUUCUGCUGAUUGUUUGGAGUGGACAUAGUCCUGGCAGUGAUCCACUCAUAAGCAGAGAAAUGCAGAACGUGGACAUAUGUUCGGAGUUGGCUUCUUCCGAAAUGCCCAAUGUCGUCCCCCAGUCCGCAAGUUUUGCGCAGCCGACAAUACACAAAAAGCGUCCUCGAGAGGUCCCUCCGCCCGAGAUCCCUAUGCAGACCCCGUUUUCCUAUCCGGUACAACUUCAGCCACCGCCGCAAGAGUUUAUAUCCCCUGAUCCAUGGGCGUCUCAGCUCACGUUGGAGACGGAACCACCAAUAUCAUACGCAUCGUCAACAUCAGAAUCUACAGCAUACGUACCAUCGACAGAGUAUGAUCCGCUGGUCACUUAUGCGCAGGAUCCUAUUGGUUAUACACAGGCUCCUCAACCAUACUUCCCCGACAUAUGGUCAACAGAAGUAAACUCUGACUUUAACUUGGAGUCUUUCUUUUAUCACUCAAAUCAUUGAUGGAAACCCCGCAAUCUGUACGAUUAUCUCAUCUAGAUUCUGUAUAUUAGGAAGGACUAUGUAUGCCCUGUAUUGUAUUACUGUAGCAGAUUCCACUCUCGAACGUCUGACGCUGUGGCUGAUUCUUCACAGCGCUGUCGGUCCU